AUGUCUGAGGACAAGGAAGCCCAGGAGGAUGAGCUGCUUGCUUUAGCAAGUAUCUAUGAUGAGGAGGAGUUCCACCGGGCCUCGUCUGCACAGGGGGGAGAGAUCCAGGUCUGUCUGGAGCUCCCCCCUGAUUUCAAAGUUGUUGUCAAAGGAGAGAAGCAAACUGAAUACAAUGUCUGCUUCUUACCUCCUUUGGUGCUCAACUUUGAGCUUCCUGCAGACUAUCCAUCCACAUCCUCACCAGUCUUCACUCUCAGCUCUAAAUGGAUGACCAGAGCACAAAUGAGCGCUCUGUGCAGACGUCUGGAUGAGCUGUGGGAGGAGAACCACGGCUCCGUGAUUCUUUUCACGUGGAUCCAGCUGCUCAAAGAGGAGGCUCUGGACUUCCUGGGCAUCCAGUCUCCUCUGGAAGUCAUCAGGGGAGGAAGUAAGGCAGGUAGCGAGCGCAGGAAACCCGACCCUGCAGCCACAGCUCUGACGCAGGGUGGAAGUCAUUCCGAAACUGCUGAGGAGAAGAAAAAAGACAUGAAGAAGGAAAAGUCUGAACCGCAGUUGUCUUCGUCUUCUCAACUGGACCCGCGGGCAGUUCUGUUGAUGGACCCGCGUGCCGACCUCCUACCUCAGCUCCUGGACUUUGACGAGGCGCAGCGGCAGAGGGUGUUUGACAGCAAGGUGUUCUGCUGUGGCAUCUGCUUCGUAGAGAAGCUGGGCUCCCACUGCCUCUGCUUUAAGGAGUGCCAGCAUGUCUACUGCAAGGCCUGCAUGACUGAAUACUUCCAGAUCCAAAUACGGGACGGCAACGUUCAGUGCCUUAACUGCCCUGAGCCCAAAUGUACCUCCUUAGCCACACCGUUGCAGGUGAAGCAGCUGGUGGAUGAGGAGCUGUUUGCCCGUUAUGACCGUUUGCUGCUCCAAUCCAGUCUGGACCUCAUGGCCGACGUGGUCUACUGUCCCCGUCUGUCCUGCGGCACCGCUGUUAUGGUGGAGCCAGACACAACCAUGGGCAUUUGCUCAGCCUGCCAGUAUGCUUUUUGCACACUGUGCAAGCUGGGUUAUCAUGGUCUCUCCAACUGUAAGAUCCCUGCAGAUGAAUUGCGUAACCUCAGAGAUGAGUACCUGUCAGCCACAACUGAGGGGAAAAAGUUCAUGGAGCAACGCUUUGGGAAGAGGGUGAUCCAGAAAGCAGUGGAAGAAUCCUUUAGCAGAGACUGGCUCAAUGAGAACUGCAAAUGCUGUCCACGCUGUGGAACCAAUAUACAGAAAGUGGAUGGCUGUAACAAGAUGACCUGUACCUCGUGUAAACAAUACUUCUGUUGGCUGUGUCUAGGUCUGCUCAGCAAAGUCAACCCGUACAGUCACUUUAAUAACCCACAUUCACCCUGUUACAACCAACUUUUCCACGGUGUGGAUCUCGAUGAAGAAGAUGCCUUCUGGAGUGAUGAGGAGGACUGACAGCAGUGGGGCACCUCACUGCUGUAUCCCCCCCUUUUUGAAUGCACUUUAUCUCACCUAACCAUCACACAUUACCCCUGCAUUAGCACAACAGUGCCACGUCAACCAUGUACCAUCGUUAAUGUUUUGAAUAUGAUCAGACAUCUUUGGUAUAAAACAUUUGAUGUAUAGAAAGUAUUCAGUCAGGAAUGGCAAGCACAGUUUCAGAUUUUUGAGAGAAAUAGCAAACUGUGACUCAUGCGUUUCUUAAAAACUCACUUUUUUUACUUAUGGUCAUCAAGGAUACACACUUGGAUACGUGAUUAGUGGCCUAGCAAGUUAACAGAAAAAAAAAGCCAAAUUUUGGUUGAAUUUCUCUGGAUUAUACGGUAGAUUAAUGUCUACAAGUCUACUGUCGCUCCUUAAUUGAACAUACACUUCAUUGUGACGGGUUUUGAUGUCUCGCAGGCUUACAAUGAACAAGAGGUGAUACUGGAAUCGCGGAUUCAGUUUGGUAAAUUCAAGGUGUUAGCUUUCAAUUAGCUAGCGACUAUCCCUUGUAAGUGUUGGGUUGGAGGGAAAAGGAGGAGUGUGCAUUUGCCCUUUUUGUUAUAAUAAAUAUCCUAAUGGUUAUAUUAAGUAUCUACCCUUUGGCUAGCUUUCUGUCAUAUGUCAAAAGUAUGACACAAACUAACAACCUUCAAGGUGGAUAAUACAGUUAAUUUUGUGAUCUAACCAAGACUCUUAGACACACACACACACACACACACACACGUUUAAAGCAAUGAAGGCAAUGUACUCUCAUACUGUGUUUUGUCAGGGUGUGGUUUUAUUUUACCUUUUUACUGAAAAUUAUGUUUACAUUGGCUUUUUCUUGAGAUGAGUUAAUUUACAAGGGAAAUGUAUUUGUCUUUCAGCAAGGCCAGGUGAAGAGAGGGAUUUCAUGAUAUUGGUUGUGGGGAGUGGUUUCAUAAUUAGUUUGAGUCACGUGUUUGUUCAUAUAGAGUUUAAUAAUGGAGAACAGUAAAUAAUCCUCUGAUGGGGGAUACAGGGAUGGUGGUUUUGGUGUGUGUGUGUGUGUGUGAGAAAGGAAAUCCUCAAGUGGUAAACAGCAGAGACAUUUAGGGAAUGAUUUAUUCACACCCUUUGUACAACAUUUUUUUUUAAUGUUGCCAAACAUUAGUGUCGAAGAGAGGCCAUAGAAACUUGAUGUCUUGUCUAGGGAUACAAAAAAUGAUUUUGUAUGAUGUUAAUUUAUUUUAUUUUUUUGUUUUUACAUUUACAUGUAAGCAGUUCUGUUUGAAAUUGAACGCUGCAUCAAAUCUGUUCUUUUUCAACAUUGAAUGAUUUGUUCCCCACUGCUUCAGAAGUUCAGACGACUUUCAGAAUUGAUGCUGAUCUGGACUGUUGAAAAGACAAUCUCUAGUUCAGUCAUGGAUUAACUUUUUUGUUAAUGCAGACCCACUGUGGCGUCAUGUCUCAUGUAAGAAACAUCUGAAACAUACUGUUCCUUAAAAUAAAUGUUACCACUUAA